CUUAAAAUUCAAGUGAUUACUAAGAAUACAUUCUACCAUUUAUAAAUAUGGAUUCAUUAGAUCUCGUAGCACGGGAAAACGAAUUCAAGAAGUUAAAUAAGCAAUUAGAAAAGAAAACGGAAAGCCUAAUGAAAGAAAUCGAACAAGUAAUGCAAAAGCAAGAUAUAUUUUCAGAAUUCUCUCACAACCUCACUCUGAGCCCCGCUCACAGAAAAACGAACAAACAUUGCUGUGAAGUUCAAAAAGUAUCAAUAGAGAGCAAAGAAAUUGUAAAUAACACCAAAAAAAAUAGACCUCCAAGCAAAAAUAAACCAAAAAUAAUUUCAAAUUUAGAACCCAAAGACGAUACUAAUUUUGAAAAUGGAACAGUAGAAAACACACAAGAGUCAGAUAAGACUAGAGGAAAACCAUGUUGCUGCCUUUUAUCUUAUAACAAAAAAAUAGAUAAUGAUAUGGAAUUUUUAUAUGCUUUUGUGUCUGUUAGCGUUAAGGAUAAAAUAUUACCUGAAUCGUUUGUAAAGGAUAAAGUAACAACAGAAAAUGUAUGUAAGUUUCUAUCAGCCAAAGUGAAAUUAAUGCAAGAACAAAUUGACAAACUACAGAGUACCAUAAACAAGAAGAUAAAACAAUGCGAGGGGCACAUGACACACAUCGCUGAGCUGGAAAGCGAACGUCUAACGCUUAGGAAUCGAGCAAACAUCCUGAAAUCCGAAACGUCCGAUAUGAAGGCCAAGUACGCUGUGAUACAGAAUCGUCUCGAUGAAAAGGAUCGCCUUUAUAAGGAACAGAGAAGCGACUCAGACAGACAGACAUCGGAACUGAAACAUCUUAGAAGUAAAACUGUAAAUCUCGAAGCCAGAUGCGCGUCACAGGAGGAAUUGAUAUCUAAUCUUAAACGGCAAGUGGAGACUGCGAAAUUGUCCGAAAAGGAUUUCCGAGACUCGACACGAUCUCUGGCGACUUCGCACCAGAAUUCCAUAACGCGCUUAGAAGGAAAAAUUAAAAUAUUAUCAACGCACAUAGACAAACAAACGUCACUCAUAGAAAAUUUGAAGAAACAAAACGCUCUCCUCCUCACCGAGGGAGCUGUGAAGGCUUUAGAGACUGAAUAUUGUGAAUUUUUAAAUCAAGACUUAUGAUUAUUCAAUAA